AUGGAGGCCGUUGAGGAGUACGAGGUGCUCCAGCCGUCGCUGAAGCGGACGCUGCGUACCUUCUGGCGUGCCUCCGGGCACCGCCACGUUAAGCGGUUCACGCGGGAGGUCUACCACCGCGCGGACAUCGGGUGUGGCGUCGACAGCUGCACAUCGUGCGUGCGUUCGCAAAUCCAGGGCGAACUGGACGGCAGCCGGCCGCUGCUGGUGCUCACCGUGGACGUCGUUAUGAAACAGAUAACCUUCUGCGAGCGGUGUCUGGACAACUGUGUCAUCCCCGCGACUGUCCUAAACGAGGUGCGCCGCCGCAGCCUCAGCAUGUACGCGCGCAUGAAGAAGCUGCUGCUGCCGGGUAACCCCGCAGCGGCCGCAGCCAAUGGCGGCGGAGUCGCGGAUGUCGAGUUGACUGACGACGCCGGCGCAGACGUGAGGCGCUUCUACCUCUUCUCUAACGAGAACUUCGAGCCCACCUACGUUGAGGAGGACGACGAGGAAACAGCGGCUGAGCGCGACCAGCGGCUGAUCGAGAAGUGCGCGACGUGGUACCAGUCCCACCUUCCCGGAUGCCGCGUCAUUCUGCUGGGCAACCACGACGACCCUGCUUCGCCAACCGAGUCGCAGGACGCAGUGUCACUGGAGCCGACGUUGUCGGCCCCAAGCAACACGUCGGAUGGCACUGGGAUGGACAUUUCACCUCGCGGCCCGUCAGCGGUGGAUAUCGGCCAAGCGGCUUUCGAGCGGCUGACGGUCGAGCAAUGGGCUCGUGAGUUGCAAGCCGAAAUCGCCGACGCGCUGGAGUACGUGGCGGCAGCACGACCGGACUGCGCGUCCGGUGGCGCCACCGCCGACGACGAUGGGUGUUACCCCGCGCACCUCUCUGAGGCGGAGAUGCAAGCCGGCAUCGAGACCGGCCGUUACUACAGCGGCAUACUCAACAUGUUUACGGGAUCGUUCCAGAACGGCUACGUGAAGUGCGGCAAGGACGAGUUCAAGGUCUCCGGCACCGCCAACCUGAACCGCGCCAUCCACGGCGACAACGUGUGCGUCGAGGUUAUAGUGGGAGAGCAUGCAAACGCGAGCGCGUCGUCAAGCACAGCUGCGGCGGCCGCCGCGGAGGCUGACGCGCCGGAAGAACUUGUGGGCGAAGAGUCGGAGGGCGCCACGCUGCUGGACGCCACCAAGGACGAGAAGCCGGCCGAGUGCAUCAAGCAGGAGUGCCGCGUGGUGGGCAUCCUGCGCCGCAACUGGAGGGAGUACUGCGGGACGCUGCUGCCCGUCGACGAGGCGGCCGAGGUCACCGGGACCCACCACGCGGUGCAGCGCGUCUUCGUCCCCGUGGACGCGCGCAUCCCGUUCAUCUUCAUCGACACGCGCAAGUCGGGCGAACUCGACGGCAAGCGCAUCGUGGUCGCCAUCGACAGCUGGGACCGUUUUUCGCGCAAGCCGUGCGGUCACUGGGUGGAGGUGCUGGGAGACGUGGAGGACAUGGAGGUUGAGAGCGCGGUGAUUCUGAGGGAGCACGACGUCAUCACGCGCGACUUCCCGUCGCCGGCAUACAAGGAGCUGCCGCCCGCAAACUGGACGGCGAGCGCGGAUGAGAUUGCGCGCCGCAUGGACUUCCGCAACCAGCUCGUCUUUUCGGUCGACCCCCCGCAAUGCAAGGACAUCGACGACGCGCUGGGGUACCGCGUGCUUGCCAACGGCCACGUGGAGGUGUCCGUGCACAUUGCCGACGUCACGCACUUCGUGCGGCCUGACAGCUGGCUGGACCGUGAGGCUGCGCAGCGCUGCACCACCGUCUACCUGGUGGACCGACGCACCGACAUGCUCCCGUCCCUGCUGACGACAAACUUGUGCUCGUUGGUUGAGGACCAGGACCGGCUGUGCUUCUCCGUCGUGUGGGAGUUCGACCAGCGGAACGAGAUCUGCGCCACCAGGUUCGGCAAGGGCAUCAUCCGCAGCAGGCGUGCGUUCAGCUACAAGGACGCCCAGGCGCUCAUCGACGCCGGCGGGAGCGACGAGAUCACGCAAGCCCUGCAGGGGCUCAACAGGCUGGCGAAACUGCUCCGAUCCAAACGCUUCGAGCGUGGCGCCGUGGAGCUGGAGUCGCCGGACGUGAAGUUCGAGUACGAGCUGACCGACAUCCGCAAGAUGGAGAAGUACAUUCUGUACGACACUAACCGCAUGGUCGAGGAGUUUAUGCUGCUGGCCAACGUCAGCGUGGCCACUAAGAUCUUCGAGCGGUUCCCCACGUGCGCGCUGCUCCGUCGGCACCCGCCGCCCAUGGAGGUGCGGCUGAAGGCGCUGCAGCGGUCGCUUUCGCAGCACCGUCUGGAGUUCGAGUUCGGCAACUCGCGCGACCUGAACGCGUCGCUGAAGCGCAUUGUGGAGAAGAGCGACAGCCGCCUGGGCAGCGCCCUCCGCAUCAUGACGACGAGGUGCAUGAGCCAGGCCGUGUACUGCAGUUCGGGCGACAGCGGCGCUGAUGACCUGCGGCACUACGGGCUGUGCACCGACCUGUACACCCACUUCACGUCGCCCAUCCGUCGGUACGCCGACGUGGUGGUGCACCGCAUGCUGGCUGCGGCGCUGGACCUCGAGGCCAUGGACACCAGCUUCUUCCAGGAGCUCCCCGCGCAGUGCGAGGCGCUGAACAGAAGGCAUCGUAACGCCAAUUGGUGUGGCCGCGAGUCCACGAAGCUCUUCGCGUAUCUGUUCCUGAAGAAGCAGGGCAGUGUCGCCACCGUGGCGACGGUGGUGGGCGCGACCGAGAAGCGCCUCAGCUUGCUUGCGCACGAGUUCGGGAUCGAGGCGACGGCGAGCGUGGACGUGUCCGCGUUCGACCCCGAGACGCAGCGCGUCACCCUGACAUCGGGGCGGCACGUUAACUUGUUCGACCACGUGAAGAUAACGCUCAACUCGAGCAACAAGCAUUUCAGGUACAACAUCACUGCGGAACUGCUGUGA